AUGGCAUCCAAAUACGUCUACGACCCAGUGGACUCCGAGCAUGGCUUCUGCAGGGUACUCGAGCUCUAUCUUGGCGAAUUCGACGACGACCUGGUGAUUGAGCUCAAAGAUGUGGCACUUGAAGCUGAAGACUCGCCGAGAUACGAAGCCUUAUCGUAUACUUGGGGCACUGAGCCGGCGACUAAGAAGGUGUACAUCAAGCCACCAGGUCUGGAUGCCCUUUGUAUAAACCAGCAAGACAUACAGGAGCGUGGCGAACAGGUCCAGCUGAUGCCUUUAAUCUAUGGAUACUGUGAUCACCUGUGGGUUUGGCUUGGGAUUGAGCGUGACGACAGCUCUUUCAUUCUCGAGCAGUUGCGAUCGGUGAGCACGCUUGAAGACCAGGAGAGAAGACAAGUAAUCGAUGGCUGGUUUGGUCCAGUAUACGCGGGAAGACACCACCGUGCUUUCAAAGCUCUUCUUGGUCGGCCGUGGUUUGAGAGGACAUGGGUCCAGCAGGAAAUAUAUCUUGCGGAAGACGCCACCGUCGUAUGCGGCAAGGAGACUGUGGAGUGGAAAGCCUUCGAUGUUACUUCCACCGCCGUCCUUGACGGGUACAUAUGGGACCCUGAGGACGCAGAAACUUCCUGGUGGAACUCGCGCUACGACCUUCUCUACUACCUUCGAAAAGGUCCACGAGUGAUCGGGCUUCGGAAAUUGCUGGAAGGUACCAUGAAGACGCUAUGCUCUGAUCCUCGCGACAAGGUGUUUAGUGUCCUUGGAAUGUUGGAUCAGACCGAAUCCCGAAUACUGGACGCGCUGAAGCCAGACUACAGCAUUGAUGUGGCAGCAUUAUAUAAGCGUGCUUGUGUCACAGUUCUGACCAACCAGUCAUCACUUGGAGGUUUGGGCCACUUGAUUAUGUUGCGCGAUUGCAAUCGUAUUGCAGAAGCUACCGACAUUCCAACGUGGGUGGUUGAUUGGAGCAAGCCGCCAAUUGAAAUCAACACCAUCGUUUGGCAGUAUGCAGACGCAUGGUGCUCCACCGGCGAGCCGGCCGUUCAUGCAGAAAGCGAUGUCUUACCGACCCGGGGCGUCAUCUGCGACGUCAUUAGCCACGUUCAGUGUUUCGAGCAACUGCACCACGAGAGCGCCGCCUCUGUCCUGCAGAGCAUUGACAGCCACUUUCUCAAUGCUGAUGGAAAAUCGACAAGGGACGCUUCCCUCUCGGCAACCGUUCUUUGCAUCACUCAGGGCCAAGUCUCUGAGCACGAAGGUGAUAUAGGUUCCCGCUUCAGUAUAUCAGCUUUGCGAGAGUCGUUCAACGCGAUCAUCAGCAGGAGUCGCGACCCAGAUGAAUCACGAUCACCAAACACGUACGGACCAGACGAAUGGCUUACCGCCUGCCUCGUUGUUAACCUCGAACAUCGCGGAUUGAGCAAAACAGCAAGCGGUCGGAUGGGCUUGACCUCUUUCCACACGGAGGUGGGCGACGUUGUGGCCCUCUUGCUCGGACUCGAAGCUGUCACAGUCCUGAGACCGCAAACCGGCGGAACGUACAAGGUCGUCGGCAUUGCAUUCGUGCACGGAUUGAAUUGGGGAGAAGGCCUGCUUGGGCCGUUGCCUGACACCAAGUGA